AAGAACUUUUACAUCAACGACGACAUAUAUAGAUCAAUUCCACGCCGACUUCACUUCUUCACUUUAUAAACCAAUUAUCUACCCUCAUAUACGCUUCUCCGGUUCUUUAUCGCUGCCCAGCGACGCGGCGUGUUGUGAAAACUGCUAGUGGCUGUCUAUCUACCGUGCGGGGUCGUCAUCACGGAACCACGGCUAUGCACAAUGAACAGCUCCCUUUUUAAAUAUUCGUCCUCUGCUGCUCUGAGCGUAGCUAGAAAGUCAAAGUUUCAGCGAUCUACACUGCCAGUUCUCCAGACGAGACACGCUUCCACAAUGAAUAACCAUAAUGUCCCAAAGCUAUCCGACCCGUCGUUGCUUAAGCUCGAUGUUAACUUCGUCAACGGCGAGUGGGUGAAGGCGAAAUCAGGCAAGACCUUUGACGUCUAUGACCCAACAAACAGCAAAGUCAUCGGCACCGCCCCCGAUAUGGACAGCGCUGACACCGAGCUCGCCAUAGCAGCCGCCGCGACUGCCUUCAAGUCCUUCAAGACCUGGACAGGCCGCGAGCGCUCCAAGGUGCUCCGCAAGUGGUACGACCUGAUGGUCGAGAACCAAGAGGAUAUCGCAACUCUUAUUACGUGGGAGAAUGGAAAGCCGCUCGCAGACGCAAGGGGCGAGGCGGCCUACGCUGCCAACUUCUUUGAGUGGUUCAGUGAGGAGGCGCCGCGCAUCUACGGCGACACCAUCCCGGCCAGUGUGCCAGGGAACAGGGUCGUGACGUUCAAGGAGCCGGUUGGCGUGUGUGGACUGAUUACACCAUGGAACUUCCCCGCCGCCAUGAUCACUCGUAAAGUCGGCCCCGCCCUCGCCGCCGGUUGCACCGUCGUCUGCAAAGCCCCCAGCGAGACACCCUUCACAUCCCUCGCUCUCGCCGAGCUCGCCCAACGCGCCGGCGUUCCCAAGGGAGUCGUUAACGUCAUCACCGCCGCCACCAACACACCCGCGGUCGGCAAGACCAUCUGUACCUCCCCCACCAUCAAGAAGGUCUCCUUCACCGGCUCCACGGGCGUCGGCAAGACUCUCAUGUCCCAGUCCUCCUCCACUCUUAAGAAGCUCUCUUUCGAGCUGGGCGGCAACUCCCCCUUCAUCGUCUUCGACGACGCCGACCUCACCUCCGCCGUCGCUGGGGCCAUCACCUCUAAGUUCCGCUCCUCGGGCCAGACCUGCGUCUGCGCCAACCGCAUCUACGUGCAGGCCGGCAUCUACGACGCCUUCACAUCCGCCUUCGUCGACGCGGUGGCCAAGUUCCAGCUCGGCAGCGGCUUCGAGAAGGGCGUCACGCACGGCCCUGUGAUUAACGCGAAGGCGGUCGCGAAGGUGGACGAGCACGUGCAGGAUGCGAUUAGCAAGGGCGCGAAGCUACUGGCGGGUGGGCAGAAGCUGCCUGAGCUCGGGGCGAACUUUUAUGCGCCGACGAUCCUGGGGGGGAUGAAUGCGGAGAUGAAGUUGGCGAAUGAGGAGACGUUUGGGCCGGUGGCGGGGUUGUUCAAGUUUGAGACUGAGGAGGAGGUUAUUAAGUUGGCCAAUGCGUCGGAUGUGGGGUUGGCGGGGUACUUUUACUCGCAGGAUAUUCAGAGGGUUGCAAGGGUGGCGGAGGCCAUGGAGGUUGGAAUGAUUGGCGUGAAUACGGGACUUAUCAGUGAUCCAGCGGCGCCGUUUGGAGGGAUGAAGGAGAGCGGGUUUGGAAGGGAGGGGUCGAAGUAUGGUGUUGGGGAGUAUAUGGUUACGAAGAUGGUGACGUAUGGUGGUAACAGCGGGCCGAUUAAGGCUUGAAGGAGAGAAACGGGGGAUUAAAGAAUGAAAAGGUAGAUUAUAUCGAAAUGAGAAUUGUAUCUUGUAAAUAAAAUAGUUUUCGAUUCCCAUAAGUGACUACUAC